UCCCGCGGCUGUAAUCACGUGGGAUCUCCGGCGCUGUCUCUCCCGUGGGAGCGAGAGGACAUGAUGUGACGCGCAACGGGACAGAGGAGAGGCCACGGAUUCUUAUUGUUAUUAUGGGGAGUGACGUCCCACGGAUCCUGGCAUGUUUAUGCGUCCAGAUUCGCGGCGGCCUUGGACGCAUCGCCGGGCGAAGCCGAAUCAAAGCACCCGAGUCAGUCCUCACGAGGCACCCGUCUUCUUCUUCUUCUUCUCCUCCUUCUUCUCCCCCUGCUUCUUCUUCUUCUUCUUCUACGAGAAAGAAAGUCUCCUUGUUUUAAACUUACCCUCGGGAGAUCCCCUCCGCGCCGGAUACGAGCCAGACUUCGCGCGCAUAAGAUUCUGCCUGCCCUUGUCGUCGUACCCGUCAUUCUGCGUGAUUUCCACCCGUACUAUUGAUGAGGCAUGCGAAACGCUACCCGUCAAGUUGCAGGCUUUCGCGGCGUCCAUGCAUAUUAGACUUUAUUUCUGGCUUUGAGCCGCAUGGAUUCAUCUUUGUUUGAUUCCGACGUUUCGUGAACAUUUCAGUCCGCUUCAUCAGGGAGGAAUAACCCGAUGCCGAUAAUAUAUUCAAUUCUUGUUAUACAUAUGUAAAAUAUGUACCAUACAAAAAUAAAUAAAAUUUCCUAUUACUCAAAAC